AUGGUUGGAUACAUAAUUCCUCUUUUUACAGUUAAACUAGAAAAGCCAAAUUUAAUUUUGCGUGAGGAAGUUAAACGAGCUGUUCCUUAUUCUUGGGAUCCUGCAUCAUGGCCAAGUUUUAUUGAGAAUUUCGGAACACAUAUUAUUACAUCUGCGACAAUUGGUGGAAGAGAUGUAGUUUACAUAAGGCAGCACCAGUCAUCUCCUUUGAUAGGAUUGGAUAUAGAGAAUUAUGUAAAAGACAUGGGUGAUCAUAGAUUUCAGGACUCAAAUAGCCAGUCAACCGCUGGCCCCUUAAAAUACAAAGACAAGGAUGUUAUAGUAAUUUUUAGAAGACGAAGGGGAGACGAUCUUGAACAAAGUCAUUCCAAGUGGGCAGAGACUGUAGGAUUAGCACCUGACGUGAUAAACAUGACGUUCACUCCCAUUGUUUAUUUACUUGAAGGAGUACCUGGAAUAAAGCAUUUAGCUCGUGCAAUCGAGUUAUAUUUGGAAUUCAAACCGCCUAUUGAAGAUUUACAAUAUUUUUUGGAUUUUCAAAUCGCUCGAGUUUGGGCUCCUGAGCAGAAUAACCUGCAAAGAAAGGAGCCUGUUUGUUCCUCUCUUCAGUUCAGCUUGAUGGGUCCCAGGCUUUAUAUCAGCCCUGAUCAGGUAUUGCUUACUCUAAUAAAAGAAAUAACAUUUCCCAUUUCAUUGGAACAGAGAGCAUUUUUCUUCAUGUGA